AUGGCACCUACCAACGUCACCACUGCCACGGCAACCGCCACCACCACGGCGGUGCAGCAGAACGGCUCAACCAAGAUUAAGCGACCGGUGCCGCCAGGAAUCCAGACCAGCGGGGCUGCCUCGUCAGCCUCGUCGCCGUCGCCGUCCAUGGCGAACAACAAGCCGCCCAGCGCGAAGCAGCCGCCUAAUUCCGCCAGCGAUCGGGCCAUCACGGCCUCAACGGUUCGGCCCAUGGCCCGGAUCCGUCGCGAUACCCUCAACCAGGCGGCCGGGCGCAAUUCAAGAAACAGCGCGGGAAUGCGAUCGGCUUCGUUUGCAGCAGAUAUGGCGGUUCAUGGCUAUGAACCCCCACCAUAUGUUGUCACCGAUGCGUACGUAUUAAAGAAGCAUUUGGGGCGACCCCCCUCGCUGGUCGUCCAUAUGCACCCCACACAUUUCCGCUUCGAUGGUCAGGACGGCAUGUUCCAGUAUAAGUCGCCGAUGAGGAUGUUUCUCGACCAUGUGAAGAACCGCACGAUUCCCCACGAUCUUCUCUCCUACUUUAUCGAAGGCAACGUGCCAUUCUAUGAGGGAUGCCUCAUUGUACAGAUUCACGACCACAAAUCUGUGGCCCAGGCCAAGGGCGUCAAACGACCUUCAUCCGCCUCCAGCGCUGUUGUACCGUCGUCUAUCCACAACUACAACCAGUGUCUUACGCCUUCACCCCACGUGCCAUACCCCAAGGAAGAGCAGAACGCCGGUGAAGUGGCUGGGAAACCAAAGGAAGAAGCUUCAAAAGAGGCAGAUGUCGAUGAAAAGGACGCUGAUAAAGAGCCUACCCCGAAUGUACCUGUGGACACAUCAAGCAAAGUUGCCGCGAAGCCAAAGAUUUAUACUGUCGUCCUUCACCCGACGGCCGAGAGUAUACAAAUGGAUCUCGUGCUCAGAGCUUCCACAUCCAAAAUCAAUGGCGAUGCCCGUGCUACUAAUGACAGUUCGGUCAUGGCACCUCCAUCAACCCCCUCAACGCUGGUGCCGCCGACACCGACUACGGCAAAUAUGCAGCCGCCUGCGAAGAAACAGAAGCGAGAAAAGAAUGAACUGGAUAGAAAUGGCUUAUAUGCUUUCGAAGGCCAGGUAUUACUCGCAACCAACGCACCUCUAAUGCUCGAGCCGACCAAGAGCGCAGAGGAGACCAUUGCCCUGCUGGAAGAAUGGUCACAUCCCAGCCACAAGGAGGACCCGCCCAAACCAAAGACGCGCAAAAGGACUGUUGCCGAAAUGGCCGCGGACGAGGCUGCUGCUGCGGAGCUGGAACGCUAUAUGUUGGUGCUGGACGAUCGGCUUGCCUCAAACUCCACCGGCGCCCAAGGCGCUGGUGGUGCAGAUGGAGAUGGUGCAACUGGCGCAGCUACCUUUGAGCCUCGAUUCGAACGCUUUAAGCUCAUUGAAGAUAUUAAGAGAGAGCAUGCCGAAAAGAAGGAACAGGAGAAGCUUAAGCAACUUGAAAAUGACCGGAAACUGCAGCUCCAGAGGCAACAGCAACAGCAACAACAGGCAGCAGAACUCGCUGCCCAGAGGCAAGCGGAACAAGAGAGGGCGCGACGCGAGGCUGCGGCCAGGGAGAGUCAGCUUCGUCAAGCCGAAGCACAGCGACAGGCACUGGCUGCUCGUGCUGCAGCGUCAACUCCCGUAGCGCAGGCCAACAACAACCAAGCGCAAAUGAACCAGACGCAGCACGCUCACCCCUCCGCUCAGGGCGGAGUGGUGGCCAACGGUAUGCAAAACGGCGCCCCGGCAGUUCAGCAAAACGCGAUGCCAAACAGUAUACCUGGCCCAGCCCAGGCCCGUUUCCAGGCCCAAAUGUCUCAGGCUCCAGUGUCCUCGCCUGUCAUCAGGCAGGGUACUCCCCAGAAUAUGUCGUCGCCGAUGGUGGGAAGCGUCCCUAUGCAGCAGACCAACUCCAGCAUGGCAGCAAGCCCCCCUCGGCCUGCUUCUGUUGUACAAAACCCGCAAGUAUCGCACGCCAUGUCCAACAGAAACAGUCAGCAGAGUCAUCCCUCCAACACACCUCGUAUGCCCCACUCGACGCCAAAUAUAUCUCAUGCCACGCCUAUUAACCGGCCGACAAUGGUUGCAACUCCCCGCAUGACCCAAGCGAGUCCUCCUCCUGCUAUGAUGGCCCAGAACUCUCAGAUGGGCCAGCAGAUGAUGAUGAACGGCCAAGUUAUGAACCAGGCCAACCCUCAAGUUAUGGCCCAGAUGCAGCAAGCCCAACAACGAGCCAUGUUGCAGCAGCAGCAGCAACAGCAACAGCAGAUGGUGGCCGCCGCUCUGCAGAAUGGUACCUUUAAUGGUGUUAACAUUGCUUCACAAGGCGCAGGCAUGACUCCUCAACAGCAACAGCAAAUGAUGCAAAUGAUGCAACGGCAAAUGAUGCUGCAGCAGCAGCAGGCGGCACAGCAACAGCAACAGCAACAGCAACAACAGCAACAGCAACAGCAGAUGAACCCACAGCAGCAACAGCAGCAGCAACAGCAGCAGCAACAGCAGCAGCAGGCACAGCAACAGUGGGCUCAACAAUACGCUCAACAGCUGCAGAACAUGCAAGGUGCUCAGAUACGCCAGAUGACACCACAAAUGCAGGCUCAAAUUCAGCAUAUGGCGCGAAUGGGCCAGAUGAAUGGACAGCUAGGAAACAUGAUGCGAGGCCAGAUGAAUGGGCAGAUGAUGAAUGGUAAUGUCAAUGUCAAUGCCAACAACAUGCAAGCCAUAGUCGCCAUGCAAAUGCAGCAGCAGCAACAGCAGCAGCAGCAGCAGCAGCAGGCACAGGCCCAAGCCCAAGCCCAAGCCCAGGCACAGGCUCACGCGCAGGCCCAACAAGCUCAAGCCCAGGCUCAAGCUCAAGCCCAGGCACACGCUCAGGCUCAAGCCCAGCAAGCACACGCUCAGGCUCAAGCACAAGCUCAGGCGCAGGCGCAGGCACAGGCGCAAGCACAGCAUCAAGGGCAAGGACCUCAGCAAGCACAUGGCAACGCUACCUUACAAGUGCAAAUGCAGGCCCAUGCCCGCCUUGUCUACAAUCGCCUGAUGGGAGUGGCGGCAGCUAAAUUCGGCGGUCCUGAAAACAUACCACAGGAUACGGUGGACAAAAUCAAGCAGCAAUCCUAUGCGCAAGCCCAACAAUCAGUGAGAGACUUGGUUCAGCGGAGAGCCCAGGCGCAACAGCAACAACAGAUUAUGAUGCAGCAGCAACAGCAGCAGCAGCAGGCAGCAAUGCAGGGCAUGGGCGGUAUGAUGGGGCAUCAAGGAAUGUAA